AUGACUAAAUCAUGGACUUUACUCUCUGCUCUUUAUCCUAUCGUUGGGCCCAUGAUAACGCUACUUUAUCCGUUAUAUGCGUCGGUUAGAGCAAUUGAGAGCCCAUCAAAAGUAGACGACGAUCAAUGGCUUGCUUAUUGGAUUCUCUACUCUUUCCUUACUCUCUCGGAACUCAUUCUUCAAUCUCUCCUAGAGUGGAUCCCGAUAUGGUACACGGCAAAGCUAGUGUUUGUGGCAUGGUUGGUUUUGCCGCAAUUCAGAGGAGCUGCUUAUUUAUACAACAAAGUCUGGAAGGAACAGUUUAGGAAGUUUGGCAUCCUCCAACCUAGACUCAAUAUCAAACCUAAGGUGAAUUAA